AAAGGGACCAUAACGUCCGCUCCAUAAAAUUCAACUAAUCCGAAUCGCGCCAUGCCUGAGGCGAGUCUUGAAGAUUAUGACGGGUUUCAGACCCAGUUCACACACAUAAUGGAAACAAUAUUACUGACUGCUGUCAGGGAAGCGACAAAACUUUAUGAGGGCACUUUGCAGCGCUUGAAAGCGGAAUUGGUGCAGCUGAGACAAGAGAAUGUCAAAACGAAGACAGGUGAUUCAUCCAGCCAAGACACAAAGAGAUCCACUGAAUAUGGGAGUCAGAGGAAUGCGAAUGUCCCUAAACAUCGUCAUAUUGGCGUGCAGUGCGAAAAGCCCAUUUUGGUUGACCAGGGAUGCAGCCCUCCUCAGUUUAUAGGGCAACAUCUUAGUGUGGGAGACAUUACGAGUGAUAAACUCACAGAUCUUUGUGCCAGUGAGGAUGGGAGCAGACAGCUUGCAUUGCUCCUCAUCAAACAAGAGCCUCAUGAUACUGAAUGCGACAACUACGCACCAGGAUACUUUCUACUGAAGCAAGAAGGUGCUGAGCCGAUACUGGUGCGCAGAGAGCCAAAUAAGGACACCGUGGAAAGGGUUGUGAUCCCACCAUCAUUUCAAACAAUAACCAGGCACCACAGCAACAUUAGAGAAAAGUCUCCACCAUCAGUGAUUCCUUCCUCCUGUAGUCGCAGAGUGGAUUCCUGUAGUCACAAACCUAAUCAGAUUAUACAAUCCAUCCAAGGUACAUCUAAAAGAACAUUGGAAAUCAAUGAAGACUUGUCUUCCCAAACCAAAAGACAAAAUGUCAGUGCACCAGCACAGACAUCCACUACUUCUGUACUUGGUAAUUCAGCCCAGACUCCUGCUCCUACUGUUAACUUGUCUGUGCCAAUGAUCGAGCUGUCUGGUGCUCCAUCAAUUCCUCAAGCCAAGUCAACAGCAUCAUCAGUUCACCGACGACCAAACCCAAAUCCUCAAACAUCUUACCAGACAGUAGUCCCUCAGAAAGUGGGGUCAAAUAUCUGUCAUCCACUUCAAAACACGUUUAUUUCCCCUGUUCCUCCAAACCAAGUCUUUGCAAUGGAGCCUCAUUCCUCCAAACAAUGGCCUCAGGCAUUGGUUACAAAUACAGAAAAAAGUAUUUCAACCAUUGCCUUGCUAAACCAAGCCACUGAACCAUUUACCCAAUCUCAGCUUAUACCAUUAUUUCCACCACAAACCAUCAAAACACCAGACCAGGAGGUUCCUCCACAAGUACAUGCUGCCAUGCCAUCAGGCCAUAUUUCUGUCUCACCAAAAACACCUUCAGCAGUUCAGGAUCGGAUUCUCUCACCCAGCCUUGUUCCACCUCAUACCCAAGUUUUUGCAUCACUACAAGAAAUACCAGCACAUUCUGUGACUUCAAGUUCAUCAUUCCAGUUCCCUUUGGUGCUCCCACAUAAUCCGACUCAACCGACACCACCUUCUUACCUUCCAACACACAUUCCAUUUACUUCUCCCCUCCUUCCAGUUAAUGCAAUUCAGGGAUCUGUCUCCCUAAACCCACCUCAACCUCCACUUACACAUUCUCAAUAUCCAAUCCAAUCCAAUCAGUUCUCCUGUUCUUCAGAACAGAUGUUUCCUCCACCCGAUAAUACACCUGGUUUGCUUGAAUCUCUUGAAACUUUGCAUUUGCACUCAUCCAUUGUGAUGACCCCACAAGAGGCCCCGGAGCAGGCACCCAUGCACCAUUUUCCACCAUCUGGGCAGCUUGCGCCUCUGCUGACACUUAAGGAGCAACAAGCUGUCGCUUCCGCUAGCGUUGUUUUAGGCCGAGUGCCAGUUCUAUCUUCAGAGACCUCUCUGUCCCCAGUUGACAACUUUGAAGGAGACGUACCACUUUCCCCAUGUUUCAGUGCAGAAACCACAGAUAUAAAUGAUAAAGAUUUCUCGGAAGAUGAAGACACUCCCACACUCCAGUCUAGACUGAGAAAACAGAGAAAGAUGUUCUCUAAAUCCAGACAAGGUGAGGACGGCACAGUCAUGGUCAAUGAUAAGAGGGUGGAUCGGGUGCAGAACAACUUGAUUAGUGAAACACCCCAUUCUGGCUCCAAUAGCGAAAGUCACGUCUUAUCGAAACCUUCGAGUAAAACAUUGCAGAAAAAUACUGAGUGUCCCGAGUGUGGAAGGGUCCUCAGCAACGCGUCUGCCUUGGAGAACCACAUGAGACUUCAUACAGGAGAGAGACCUUAUACCUGCUCCCAGUGUGGAAAGGCAUUCCCUAGUGUGCGAGGCCUUAACCGGCACGUGAAGGUCCAUGCAGAGGAGAAACGGUAUCAGUGUGAACAAUGUGGGAAGAGUUUUGUGUACCACUUUACCCUUACCAAACAUCAGCUCAUUCACUCAGGAGAAAGGCCUUUUCCUUGUAAAGUUUGUGGAAAGAGGUUUUUGGCCAAGGCAGACCGGUCUACCCAUAUGCGCAUGCACACCGGAGAGAAGCCGUUCUCGUGCACGCUGUGUGGGAAGAAGUUUAAACAUAGGGUUGCUCUGAAUAUGCAUAUGCAGGGGCAUAGAGGAGAGAAACGCUACAUUUGCCCCCACUGUGAAAAAGGAUUUGUGGAUCUAGGUAACUUCAAAAGACACAAGCUCAUCCAUACAGGGGAAAGGCCGUUUGAGUGCAAAGAAUGUGGGAAACGUUUCACUCAGUCAGCCCAUCUCAAGAAACAUGCCAACACACAACACGUUACAUAAAGUAAUUGGAUUGUUUAACAAAGCAGUUGAUAUACGGUAGAUAAAUAUUCUGUUACAGAAAAUAUAAUGGUAUUAGGCCUGAUUGCAAAUUAAUUUAUGGAUAUGCUAUUUUUAAAAGAGAAAAAUAAAAGAUUAUAUUUUUAUAUUUUAACUGCAUUACUGCAUAGAUUUUGUACAGUGCUUUAAUUGUUAACAUUUUUUUUUAAAUGUGAAGUAAAACGGGGUUAUUUUUCUAUUAAUUCCUCAACCAGUUGUAACAGUUGUAAUUGAAAUUAUUCAACCCCUAUUGCAAAUCAGGUUUAUUUGCUAAAUUUACAGACUUUCAGCUGUUUGCCCCAAAAGGUGGUUUCCCCAAAUUCAACUGAAAAUGCAACUUUUAAUGACUUCUGCAGUCUCAAAAGUAUUCAACCCCUUCAUGGCAAGCAUCUUUAGUACAUGGUAGAACACCCCUUUUUCUGUUAUGACCCGCUGCAAACGAGAUGUAUAACCAGACACCAGCUUCUGGCAGCGUUUAUGAGGAAAUGGAAUCUUAGCCCAUUCCUCAAUGGCCUCCAGUUCAGUAAUAUUCUUGGGUUUGUGUGCUGCAAAUGCCUUCAAAUCCCACCAGAGAUUUUCUUUGGGGUUCAAGUCAGGUGACUCUGAUGGCCACUGUAAAAUCUUCCAGGACUUCCUCUGCAACCAAGCCUUGGUGGAAUUUGAGGUAUGCUUGGGAUUAUUGUCCUGUUGGAAGGUCCAAUGACACGCAAGCUUCAGCUUCAUCACAGAUGGCAUGACGUUGUCUCCUUCCUAGGAUUUCCUGAUAUACAAAAAUGAAUCCAUCUUGCCUUCCACAUGCUGCAGGUUUCCAGUGUCAGAGGAUGCAAAGCAGCCCCAGAGCAUCACAGAGCCCCACCAUACUUAAUAGUCAUAGUGUUCUUUUAAGCAUAUGCUUAAUUCUUCUUCCUCCAGACAUACCACUGAUCCAUAGGGCCGAAAAGUUUUGUUUUAUUGCUCCACAGAACAGAAUCCCCAAACUUCUGUGGCUUAUUUAUAUGAUUUUGAGCAAAUUGGAGCUGACUUUUCUUGUGCUUUUGGGUCAGUAGUGGUGUACAUCUUGGAGUUCUGGCAUGCGUUUAGUACAC